GUUCCCCCCUCCUUCCUCUCUCUUUCUCACUUCCAUCACUUUAAUUCCUUUGAAAUAAGGACAAAAGGAGACAAUUUAGAGAGAAAUCAACGAGAAAAAAAAGGCUCGUGUAUCAUGGAACAACUAACACUUCCUUAUUUGUCUUCCUUCACAUGUAACUGGACUUAUGAUGUUUUCCUUAGUUUUAGAGGCAUUGAUACUAGAAAUAACUUCACUGGUAAUCUCUACAACUCUCUCCAAAAUCAAAGCGGAAUACAAACUUUCAUUGACGAUGAAGAAAUACAAAAAGGAGAAGAAAUAACACCCACUCUUCUUAAAGCCAUUAAAGAAUCUAGGAUUUUCAUUGCUAUUUUGUCCCCUAACUAUGCAUCUUCAACUUUUUGUUUGACUGAACUUGUUACCAUUCUUGAGUGUUCAAAGUCAAAAGGAAGGUGGUUUUUGCCGAUUUUUUAUGAUGUAGAACCAACCCAGAUUCGAAACCUAACGGGAACUUAUGCUGAAGCUUUUGCAAAACAUGAGGUAAGGUUUAGAGAUGAGAAGGAUAAGGUGCAGAAAUGGAGGGACGCUUUGCGGCAAGCUGCUAGUCUCUCUGGAUGGCAUUUCCAACCGGGGUCUCAACAAGAAUAUAAAUUUAUUAGAAUGAUAGUUGCAAAUGUGUCUAUAAGGAUCAACCGUGUUCCUUUGCAUGUUGCAAACAACCCAGUUGGGUUGGAGUCUCAGAUAAUAGAAGUGGCAUCUCUCCUUGAAUUUAAGUCUGAUGAGAGAGUGAACAUGGUAGGCAUUUAUGGAAUCGGAGGAAUAGGAAAAUCAACAAUUGCUCGUGCUCUGCAUAAUUUGUCUGCUGAUCAAUUUGAAGGUGUUUGUUUUCUUGGUGACAUAAGAGAGAGGGCAACUAAUCAUGAUCUGGCACAGCUACAAGAAACACUGCUUUCUGAAGUAUUCGGGGAAAAGGGUAUUAAAGUGGGAGAUGUUUACAAAGGAAUGUCAAUGAUUAAAGCGAGGCUUAAAAGAAAGAAAGUCCUUUUGAUUCUUGAUAAUGUUGACAAAGUGCAGCAGUUACGUGCACUUGUAGGAGCACCCGAUUGGUUUGGCUUCGGAAGCAAGAUCAUAAUCACUACAAGAGACAAGCAUUUGUUGGCCACUCAUGGGAUUGUGAAAGUAUAUGAGGUUAGACAGCUAAAAGAUGAAAAGGCUCUUGAAUUAUUUAGUUGGCAUGCAUUUAAAGACAAAAAAAAUUAUCCUGGUUAUGUGGAUAUUGCAAAACGUGCAGUAUCUUAUUGUGAGGGUCUUCCAUUGGCUUUGGAGGUGAUUGGUUCUCAAUUGUUUGGAAAAAGUUUAGUUGUAUGUAAAUCCUCAUUAGAUAAAUAUGAAAGAGUCCUUCCCAAAGAUAUCCAUGCAAUUCUGAAAAUUAGCUAUGAUGAUUUGGAAGAAGAUGAGAAGGGUAUUUUUUUAGACAUAGCUUGUUUCUUUAAUUCUUCUGAAAUAGGCUAUGUCAAAGAAAUACUAUACUUACAUGGUUUUCAUGCGGAAGAUGGCAUACAACAGUUAACUGACAAAUCUCUCAUGAAAAUUGAUACCAAUGGUUGUGUGAGAAUGCAUGACUUGAUUCAAGACAUGGGCAGAGAAAUUGUGAGGCAGGAAUCAACGUUGGAGCCUGGAAGACGCAGUAGAUUAUGGUUUAGUGAUGACAUUGUUCAUGUUUUGGAAGAAAAUAAGGGAACUGAUACAAUUGAAGUCAUAAUCGCUGACUUCUGCGAAGCAAGAAAAGUCAAAUGGUGUGGAAAAGCCUUCGGACAGAUGAAGAAUUUGAAAAUUCUUAUAAUUGGAAACGCACAAUUUUCCAGAGAUCCCCAAGUUCUUCCAAGUAGUUUGAGAUUGCUUGAUUGGCAUGGAUACCAAUCAUCCUCUUUACCAUCUGAUUUUAAUCCCAAGAAUCUUAUAAUACUUAACCUGGCUGAAAGUUGCCUUAAACGGGUUGAAUCACUAAAGGUUUUCGAGACAUUGAUUUUUCUUGAUUUUCAAGACUGCAAGUUCCUAACUGAAAUACCUAGCUUAUCUAGAGUACCAAAUUUGGGGUCAUUAUGUCUUGAUUACUGCACUAAUUUAUUUAGAAUCCAUGAAUCAGUUGGUUUUCUUGCCAAGCUUGUGUUAUUAAGUGCUCAAGGAUGCACACAACUAGACCGUUUGGUUCCGUGCAUGAACUUGCCAUCUCUAGAGACAUUAGAUCUUAGAGGUUGCUCGCGUCUUGAGAGCUUCCCAGAAGUACUAGGAGUGAUGGAGAAUAUAAAAGAUGUUUAUUUAGAUGAGACUAACCUAUACGAAUUGCCUUUUACAAUUGGAAAUCUAGUUGGGCUCCAAAGUUUGUUUUUGAGGAGAUGCAAAAGGACGAUUCAGAUACCAAGCUACGUAUUGCCAAAAUCUGAGAUAGUAAUAUCGAAUAAGGUUAGCGGAUUUCGAUCAUCAAAUGUUGUAGAAAAAGUUGGUCCAAAAGUGUCUGCAAAUGCCAUGUGUGUUUAUAAUGAAUACGGGAAGUCCUUCCUUAAUGUGUAUUCUCUUAAUGUAAGUACCAACAAUGUCAUAGAAGUAUGUAGUCCUUCGUGGAAUCAAGAUGGGCAUAAACUCAAAAAUAUUGGUUAUCGUCUCUUUUGUCACCCGAUUCAUCGUGCGAGAUUAAUUAUGGAUAAAGUUAGUAGAAGCAACGAAUCGCCAGUGCAUUUUUGGUUUCGAAAAAAGUUCCCCAGGAUUGCUCUAUGCUGUUUUUUUGAAAUUGGAGAGCUGUUUGACAACGUGGUGUUGGAUUUCAAGUUGAAUGUACUCAUCAAUGGCACUAAGCAACUCUCUACUUCAUCUGAAUACAUAUAUUAUAUAAAAAGAAAGACGCACCAAAAGCUUUGUUGUGAUCUACAAUGCAAUAAGGAGGGUAUAUUCUCAGAGAAUGAGUGGAACCAUGUGGAGAUUUUAUGUGAGAUUGAACAUCUCAUGCCAUAUGAUUCUGAACGGGGCAUGGUUUACCAUGACUGGAUCACUAAGAGGAUUCUCAAGUCGUCUGUCAUACAUGUCUACAGUGAAAACAAUGAGGAUGAUUUCAAUUUAGUUGAGAAUCCUGAUUUUCCUCUGUCAACUGAACAAAAAUUUCAAGAGAUGCAAAGAAGACUUAAAAGAUUACAUUUUAUCCAACUCCAUUUUCAUCAAAUUUGAAUGAGCAUGUUACUAGAUUUGUGCUUGAACUACUUGGUAAUUUACAAUGUUUUCCAUUGUAAGAUAUGCAGAAAAUUGGGAACCUACAGUUUCUUGUCCUUUGCACGAGCGUGAAGGAUUUUGAUGGCUGCAAUAUUAAUGGUGUUUCAAUGUGUGAAUGCUUGAAAGAUUUUUCACCAAAAUUUCAAGCUAAGUUGGAUUUACCAGAUUGGUCUAGUUAGUGUGUACUGUGUAAGGAGAACGAAGUUAAAUCGUCUCGAUAGAGAUGGCUUUUUUGAAGUAAUCUAUUAUGAAAUUUCCUGAUAUCUCAUCAUCCUAAUUGGGAUAUGUUUUUUUUUAUCAUAGGUUAUUUGUUUCUGAAAUGAAGUAUUUCAAGUAUUGUUUGUUGCUCCAACUCUUUGACGUAUCCGAGUUUGUCUGUUGUACGUGCUUCAUUAUUGGAGGCAGAGACCAAUUUUGGUAUUUGUAUUCUUAAUUCUUAAAAUAUUGUCUUACUUAUGUGUGUAUAUCUAAAUGAUCAGGGGAGUUAACAAUGGCACCAUAA